GGACUAAAAUAGCGCCGAACCUUGCGGGUUAAUGUGCACCAAUGGCCACGAAGACGCGCGUGGUCUCAGAGCUGAGCGCAAACGUGCCACAGGUGAUAGGAGGCAUGAGCACGGCGAUGGGAGACUCGCAGCGUCCUUGGGGUUGGAAAUGAGUGACAAAAUCGCUCGAAACAAACGUUGCCAUGUAAGAGUAGCGGCCGAAACCUCUGCGCGCUGCAGGAAGAACCUGCGAUUUUUUUCUACCACGUCACUUCUCGGAGGAGAUCAUGCAACAAAGUCGGACGGGGGCUGAGGCGAGGACAAGUUGAGGCAGCUGAAGGGAGCCAUCGCCGCCGAUGAAGCAGCCGAGGUCCUCUGCACCCCCCUUUUACGCACAGGCGAGGUGAGGACGGAGAGCAACUCAUCAAUGUAGAUAAAAACACCAACGAGUCCUCCGAGGUGCUGAGAGAUCGGCAGCGGACGAAGGCGCAAAGACAAUUUUGAACCAAAAACUUUUUUUAAAAUACUUUUUAAAAGCACACCAUGGAUGGAGCAGGGGGCUCAUCUGGGCUGGCCAAAUCAGCCGCCGUGAAACUGUCCGAGAUGGGCGAGAGGACCAAGAAACUGGGCACAGCCAUGAGGGAUCCUCACCAGCAGAGACGGAUCAUAUUGGUGAUCGUUUGCGUGGCGCUGCUGCUGGACAAUAUGCUCUACAUGGUAAUCGUGCCAAUUAUUCCAGACUACCUCGCAGAUUUGGAGAGUGAGCAGUCAGAGCACGUCCACCUAGUGAUACACCCCAACUCUUCGGCCAACAGCACAAGCCAAGACAAAAGCAACAAGAACAACUUAGAUGUGCAGAUAGGAGUGCUGUUCGCCUCCAAAGCCAUCCUGCAGCUGCUGGUGAACCCGCUGACGGGCACUUUCAUAGACCGGGUCGGAUAUGACAUUCCACUUUUAAUCGGACUCACUAUUAUGUUCGUGUCCACUUGCAUAUUCGCCGUGGGGGAGAACUACGCGACGCUCUUCGUGGCCAGAAGUUUACAGGGCCUGGGCUCCGCGUUCGCGGACACGUCCGGAAUCGCGAUGAUAGCCGACAAGUACACGGAGGAGGCAGAGCGCAGCAGGGCGCUCGGCAUCGCGCUGGCGUUCAUCUCCUUCGGGAGUCUGGUGGCGCCUCCCUUCGGGGGCGUCCUCUACGAGUUCGCGGGCAAGAAGGUGCCCUUCAUCGUGCUCGCCUGCAUUUGCCUGGCGGACGGCUUCCUGCUGCUGACCGUGAUCAAGCCGUUCUCCAACAGGACUAGAGAGAACAUGCCGGUCGGCACCCCCAUAUACAGACUCAUGAUUGACCCUUACAUAGCCGUGGUGGCCGGUGCACUGACAGUGUGCAACAUCCCCCUGGCCUUUCUGGAGCCCACCAUUUCCAACUGGAUGGAGACCACCAUGCACUCCAGUCAGUGGGAAAUGGGGAUCACCUGGCUCCCGGCCUUCUUCCCCCACGUCCUCGGUGUGUACAUCACAGUCAAAUUGGCAGCGAAGCAUCCACAUCUGCAGUGGUUCUACGGAGCUUUGGGUAUGGUUAUCAUAGGAGCGAGCUCCUGCACAGUCCCCGCAUGCAAAACUUUCGGACAGCUCAUCGCCCCGUUGUGCGGCAUCUGUUUUGGCAUCGCGCUGGUAGACACUGCCCUGCUGCCCACACUCGCGUUUUUAGUUGACGUGCGCCAUGUCUCCGUGUACGGUAGUGUUUACGCACUCGCAGACAUUUCCUAUUCUGUUGCAUAUGCCAUGGGUCCGAUAGUAGCCGGGCAGAUAGUGCACAACAGCGGGUUUGCGCAGCUCAACCUGGGCAUGGGUCUCGUCAAUGUGCUUUACGCACCAGCCCUGCUGCUGCUGCGCAACGUGUGCCAAAUGAAACCGUCCUAUUCGGAGCGAGAUAACCUGUUAGAGGAGGCUCCGCAGGGGCUGUACGACACUAUCAAGAUGGAGGAGAGGAGGGCUAAAAAGAAGGGCUACAGUUCGGAAGGGAACUGCCUGUCGGUAGGCGAAAAUGGGUUUGACCCCUUUGGAGCACAGCGGUCCUUGUCAGAAGAGUCGUCCGGUCCGGAGUACACUUAGACCGGUCACAGUCCCUCGCACCCCCCACCCUCCCCUGAAACAUUCCCAUGACACGGUCUGAGGCAGGCAGAGCUAUGAUCUAGUGAUUCAAACUUUUAUGUUAGUACCGAUGUGCAAUAUAAAACACCCAAUCACAAAAAAAAAAUCAUGAUUGUGUGACCCGUUUUCCAAAGUUUGUUUUUUUAUUUAUUUUUCAUUGUGAUUUCAUUGUGUCGAACAAAUCUCUGUAUCGUUUGUCAUGGACGUAUAACUGGAGUUUUGUGAGAGAUCUAUCUGCUACCGUUGAAUUUGUGUGAGUAAUGUAAAAAAAAUAUAUAUAUAAAUAGAUAAAUGUGCGUACAAGAGUAUAUGGGACCAACUAUAAGCAGCACAUUCCCCCCUUACACAAGAAUAGCCUAUAUUUUUAGUCUCUGAAAACUUUUUUUACUUGCACAUGAAAGGCCUCGUUUCCUUUUGUUUUUGCCGUUAAAUCUUGAAUUUUAAUUUGUAAGAACAAGUGGGCCUGUUUGUCAUUAUUUUUAGUUCACAUGUUUUUUUUUGUUGUCGUUGUUUGAAAUUAAAUGUACUACAAUAAAUGGAUUUUGUACAUAUGUGGAUAAAGGCACAAUGUAAAUUGUAAAAAAAAAAAAAAAAAUACGUGGACCUCUACAAAGUGAGAGUAUGUGUGUGUUUGUGCGCGCGCCUGUAUGUUUGGAGAGAGAAAAGAAGUCAGUCUCCUGAAGAUGAACAAACAUGUACAAGCUUAUUCAUUUACCGACUGUCGUUUUAAUAAAUCUCUGUUUGGAUCUGA